CAGGGCUCCUGGGUGCCGAGGGUUCAAGCCGUUUUUUGGGAGGCGGGAAAGGCAAGUCUCCCUCCCCAAGUUCCAACUCUUGAGAGUUGAGGAAGAGGGUGGAAGAUAAACGGGGUGCGGGGCAGGAGAGCUAUUCCCAAAUCCUCCCCACACAGUCGGGGCUCUAAAACAAAGAUAAUUACCCAACAUUCACCUACAGAUCAGACCUGGCGCCAAAGCAAGGACGUCUACGUCUGGACCCGGUUCCUGACCUAUUCCUACGACCAGGAGCGCUGUGAGUUCCCAAAGACGAGCAGCGCCAGGUGCCACGCUCACAGUAUCUGAAAGAAAGGAAGCAUCAACACCCCUGUGCACCUCCACCAAGAUGGCUGCUCUUGGACACACGCUGCCCUUCUACACUGGCCCCAAGCCAACCUUCCCAAUGGACACCACUUUAGCUGUUAUUAUCACCAUCUUCCUGACUGCCCUGGUCACCUUCAUCAUCAUCCUGCCUGGCAUCCGUGGGAAGACAAGGCUGUUCUGGCUGCUACGGGUGGUGACCAGCUUAUUCAUCGGGGCUGUGAUCCUGGCUGUGAAUUUUAGUUCUGAGUGGUCUGUGGGCCAUAUCAACACCAACACAACCUACAAAGCCUUCAGUCCCAAGCGGGUCAGCGUGGACGUGGGACUGCAGAUUGGGCUCGGAGGACUCAACAUCACCCUCACAGGGACCCCAGUGCAGCAGCUGAAUGAAACCAUCAACUACAAUGAGGAGUUCACAUGGCGCCUGGGCAAGAGCUAUGCAGAGGAGUAUGCCAAGGCCUUGGAGAAGGGCCUUCCAGACCCGGUGCUAUACCUGGCUGAGAAGUUUGCCCCUCGAAGCCCUUGUGGCCUGUACAACCAGUACCGCCUGGCAGGACACUACGCCUCAGCCAUGCUGUGGGUAGCAUUCCUCUGCUGGCUGCUGGCCAAUGUGAUGCUGUCUAUGCCAGUUCUGGUUUAUGGUGGCCACAUGCUGCUGGCCACUGGCCUCUUCCAGCUGUUGGCACUGUUCUUCUUCUCCAUGACCACGUCACUCAUGUCCUGCCCGCUGCGCUUGGGCACUGCUGUACUGUACACUCACCGUGGGCCUGCUUUCUGGAUCACAUUAGCCACAGGACUGCUGUGCAUUCUGCUUGGCCUGGUCAUGGCAGUGGCCCACAGGAUGCAACCUCACAGACUGAAGGCUCUCUUCAACCUGAGCUCGGAGGACCCCAUGUUGGAGUGGGGCUCUGGAGAAGGGGGACUCCUGAGCCCCCACUACCGGUCCAUAGCUGAGAGUCUGGAGACGCAGGACAUUCCCAUGUCAGAGGCUUCCUCUGAGAUGUGUCUUAAAGAGGAACACCUCAAAGAGUCCGACUGUUCCCUGUAACGCUCUUCUCCUGGUGGACACUGAGUUUCCAGACUGGCUGCAGACCUCACUGGAGCCCACACAAAACCAGCAGAACUGCCCAGGAAGUGGGUUUGGGUUGUGUCACGUGCCCAGCUCCAAUUUGUUGAUGUAACAGAGCAGGGAGGCACAACCUACUAAUGCAAAAAAUAAAUGAACAAAAGUCCCAAGGUUCUGAAGACAUGUCAGACAGGCCCAUAAACUGUUGUCAUGGCAACAGCACCGGGGUGGCUGUUAAUGCACAGUAACAGCCUUCUUGAAUGAUUCAAGG